GGCCCGCCCCGUGACGCGCUCGGUGCGCCGGGCUCGGCUCGCUCCGGCCAUGGAGCGGCGGCGGCGGCGGGGCCGGGGGCGGCCGGGGCCGCCAAUGUGUCCAGUUUAAAGCAGCUCCCAGAGCAGGGGAAGGGCUCCACCAUGGGAAACUUGGACAUGGAGCGGAAGGCGUCCUACGAGGAUGUGUCUGGGGAGCCUGGGGGUCUCGGGGGGGUGGUCAGCACCAUCUCCAGCAGCAGGAGCCCCCUGCAGCCCCCCGACACCGACCAGGGGGAGCCCUUCACCACCUACUUUGACAGCAAAAUCCCCAUCCCUGACGAUGAGACGCAUUCCUGCUUCAGCUUCCGCAAGCUGUGGGCGUUCACGGGGCCGGGCUUCCUGAUGAGCAUCGCUUACCUGGACCCCGGCAACAUCGAGUCUGACCUGCAGUCCGGGGCUGUGGCAGGCUUCAAGCUGCUGUGGGUGCUGCUGCUGGCCACCAUCAUCGGGCUGCUGCUGCAGCGGCUGGCGGCGCGCCUGGGCGUGGUGACGGGCUGCACCUGGCAGAGGUCUGCAACCGCCAGUACCACAAGCUGCCUCCCAGCACAGCAAUGCUAAAAUAAUCCCAAGGAA